AAAUGUGCAAGCGCCUCCCUCCCAUUCAGCAGUUGUUGCAUCGACCCCGUUGGGUACAACACGCAACGCAAAUCUUUUUCUUCCUCCUCUCUCCUGCUUUGAGCCCGAGACGAAAACAUGCGUGAGUGUAUCUCCAUCCACGUUGGUCAGGCUGGCGUCCAGAUCGGCAAUGCAUGCUGGGAGCUGUACUGCCUGGAGCACGGCAUUCAGCCAGAUGGACAGAUGCCCAGCGACAAGACUCUGGGAGGCGGUGAUGAUUCCUUCAACACCUUCUUUAGCGAGACUGGAGCUGGCAAACACGUCCCAAGGGCUGUUUUUGUGGAUCUGGAGCCCACUGUCAUCGAUGAGGUGCGCACUGGGACCUACCGGCAGCUCUUCCACCCCGAGCAGCUGAUCACCGGCAAGGAGGACGCCGCCAACAACUACGCCCGCGGACACUACACAAUCGGCAAGGAGAUCAUUGACCUGGUGCUGGACAGGAUCCGCAAACUGGCCGACCAGUGCACUGGCCUCCAGGGCUUCUUGGUGUUCCACAGCUUCGGAGGUGGUACCGGCUCAGGUUUUACCUCCCUGCUGAUGGAGCGCCUGUCCGUAGAUUACGGCAAGAAGUCCAAGCUGGAGUUCUCCAUCUACCCGGCUCCCCAGGUGUCCACCGCUGUGGUGGAGCCCUACAACUCCAUCCUGACCACUCACACCACCCUCGAGCACUCCGACUGCGCCUUCAUGGUCGACAACGAGGCCAUCUACGACAUCUGCCGCAGGAACCUCGACAUCGAGCGUCCGACUUACACCAACCUGAACAGGCUGAUUAGUCAGAUCGUAUCCUCCAUUACUGCUUCCCUUCGCUUCGAUGGUGCCCUCAAUGUGGAUCUGACAGAGUUCCAGACCAACUUGGUGCCCUACCCCCGUAUCCACUUCCCCCUGGCCACCUACGCCCCCGUCAUCUCCGCCGAGAAGGCGUACCACGAGCAGCUCUCGGUGGCAGAAAUCACCAAUGCCUGCUUUGAGCCCGCCAACCAGAUGGUCAAAUGUGAUCCUCGCCACGGCAAGUACAUGGCCUGUUGCUUGCUUUUCCGUGGCGACGUAGUGCCCAAAGAUGUCAACGCUGCCAUCGCCACCAUCAAAACCAAGCGUACCAUCCAGUUUGUAGACUGGUGCCCCACCGGUUUCAAGGUGGGCAUCAACUACCAGCCUCCCACCGUGGUUCCAGGCGGGGACCUGGCCAAGGUCCAGAGGGCUGUGUGCAUGCUGAGCAACACCACCGCCAUCGCAGAAGCCUGGGCCCGUCUCGACCACAAGUUUGACCUGAUGUACGCCAAGCGCGCCUUCGUGCACUGGUACGUGGGCGAGGGCAUGGAGGAGGGAGAGUUCUCCGAGGCCAGAGAAGACAUGGCGGCUCUGGAGAAGGAUUACGAGGAGGUUGGCGUCGACUCCAUUGAAGGUGAAGGAGAGGAGGAAGGAGAAGAAUAUUAAAAGCCACAAGAAAACAGGAAAUUGAAUUGUAAUGUGUACUUUCCAGACAAGUGUCUGUUGGUCAGUUGCCAGAUUUGGCUGUUAAAGAUUCUUCCAAAUGUUCAUCUAGGCUCUAAAUAAAAUCCUGUGACAAGUGA